CUUCCGGUCUCAAUACCAGUAGGGACACUACAAGAUCCAUCAAUGCCUGCGAGCCGCGUUAAGUCACUUCCGGACGACGCACGCGACCCGCAGGAAACCGGAAGAAUGCACACAAUGGAACACAAUGAAGCAAUCAGCAUACCCUAUAAAAUGGAGACUGAAUUUGCCGAACUGGAUACUUCUGAUGAAGCCCUGUUUGGAGCGAAACGC